AGUGCCGGCCGGGAGCGCCGGGGGCGGCAGGUCGGUCCCCCUCUCCGGCCUCGGGGUGCUCGGCAGGGCGCCGGCGGCGAGGGGUCGCCCGCCGGAGCGGUCCCGGUCCAGAUCUCGAUCUCGAUCUCGGUCUCGGUCCUGCCGCUGGCAGCGCGGAGCUUGCCUUGCCCUGCCCUGCCCUGCCUUGCCGUGUGUCCCCUGCUGCGGACGGGCGGGCGCGGCGUGCCCGGGGACUGCGGCGCGGGCUCUCCGGUCCCAGAAGACCUUUUCUCCUCGUAUGUAAACAAGAAACUUGAAGUCCUCCUUCAGUGAGCUGGAAAUUCAAUUUUUUUAUGUUCCUUCUUCAUUCUCCAGUUGUGACUGGGAAAUCAUAUCAACCUGUUGCAAGAUCAGAGAACACACAUAUUACACACCCUGGAGCUGAGGCACAGAAGCUGAAAGAUUCAUUCAGUGCUGUAUAAGAAAUGUGCGACUGCAGACCAAGACCCAGUGUUGGUUGUGAAAAACAUUACAACCACCAAUGAAUGGCUUGAUCUUUACUCUCAGCUCCAGAUGACCUGUUCUGUUGUUCAUAAGGAUGUCGUCUGUUACUGAAAAUGGAGACGUUACUGCUGGAAAGCCAAAUGAAGAGAAAACAUAUAAAAAGACUGCAUCCUCGGCUAUUAAAGGUGCUAUCCAAUUGGGAAUAGGAUACACAGUAGGAAAUCUUACAUCAAAGCCAGACAGAGAUGUUCUUAUGCAAGACUUCUAUGUAGUGGAAAGUGUCUUUCUACCAAGUGAAGGGAGCAAUCUUACCCCUGCUCAUCAUUACCCUGACUUCAGAUUUAAGACAUAUGCACCUCUUGCCUUCCGAUAUUUCAGAGAACUUUUUGGUAUCAAGCCUGAUGACUAUUUGUACUCAAUCUGCAGUGAACCUUUAAUUGAAUUAUCCAACCCAGGUGCCAGUGGGUCUUUAUUUUUUGUAACUAGUGGUGACGAAUUCAUCAUCAAAACAGUUCAACACAAAGAAGCUGAGUUUCUUCAGAAGCUCUUGCCAGGUUAUUAUAUGAAUCUGAACCAGAAUCCAAGGACUCUUCUUCCCAAAUUUUAUGGGCUGUACUGCGUUCAGUCAGGAGGCAUUAAUAUUAGAAUUGUUGUCAUGAACAAUGUUUUACCACGAGCCUUGAAAAUGCAUUUCACAUACGACUUGAAAGGCUCCACAUACAAACGCAGAGCAUCAAGAAAAGAGAGGGAGAAGUCCAACCCUACAUUCAAAGACCUGGAUUUCCUGCAAGAUAUGCAUGAAGGGUUGUAUUUUGAUUCUGAAACACACAGUGCACUAAUGAAAACACUACAGCGGGAUUGUCGAGUUCUAGAAAGUUUUAAGAUCAUGGAUUACAGUCUGCUUCUGGGGAUCCACAUAUUGAACAGUAACAUGAAGGAAAGAGGAGAGUGUUCCCAGAGUGCAUCAGAUGCUAAACGCCAUGGAGGGCAGAAAGUUCUUUAUUCCACAGCCAUGGAGUCUAUACAGGGCCCUGGGAAGUCUGGAGACUCCGUCACCACAGAGAAAACAAACACAAUGGGAGGUAUUCCAGCAAAAAGCCAUAAAGGUGAAAAGCUGCUUUUAUUUAUGGGUAUUAUUGAUAUUCUCCAGUCAUACAGGUUAAUGAAGAAGCUCGAACAUUCUUGGAAAGCUCUUGUUUAUGAUGGGGAUACUGUUUCAGUUCACCGACCAAGUUUUUAUGCAGACAGAUUUUUAAAGUUUAUGAAUGCAAGAGUUUUCAAAAAAGUUCAAGCUUUAAAGACUUCACCUUCAAAGAAACGGUGUAAUUCCAUCACAGCCCUAAAGGCAGCAUCACAAGAAAUAGUGUGUGCAGUUAGCCAGGAGUGGAAGGAUGAAAAGCAUGGCAUUCUUGCUGAAGGACAAAGUUAUGCCAGCCUUGAUGAAGAAGUACUAGGUUCGCACCACCGACCGGAUCUAGUGCCAAGCACUCAAUCUCUGUUUGAAGCAGCUUCCUUGGCAACCACACUUUCUUCUUCUUCCUUGAAUGCAGAUGAUCACUGUCAACGUGAUCAACCUACACUCUAUUCUAGCAGUAAGGGGUUACCUUCAAGCUCAACAUUCACUUUGGGAGACAGUGCUAUCUAUUUGACUUCAGAACAGAGCACAUUGGAAAUGGAAAAUGAUAAUGCUUCAGUUUUGGAUGUCUAUUUAUAACGAAGAAUACAUGAAGAGUAAAACUAAGAGAAGUGACCAUGGUUAAUGACGAGCACUUUCUGCACUCCUUGUUUAAGAAGGAGGACUUUGCUGAGCCUAAUAGACAAAGAGUAAUAAUCAACAGAACUAAUUCUAAGAAGUGUCAGGAUAUUUGAACCAUAGAAAGAAUUGAUGGACUUGACAAAAAUGACAUGAAACAUUCCACACUCUGCUGUCAUCUGCUGUUGCUUGCUCAACUGUGAAGAACUGUGUAUUCAGGCUGCUUUCUACAAUAUUGCCAAUCACCUUUUUUGGACUCUGAAGAAAUAUUUUCUUAUCAGCUCUCUAGUGGUUUCAUUUGCAUGCAUUCUGUAACUAUGCACAAGCAAAAUCUAUUACCUACUUUACCUAUUUAAAAAAAAAGACAGUGGUGAAUAAAAUCAAUUUCAUUUUUCUGACCCACUCCGUUCUAAUUGCUUAGUUCCACAUCAGUGGAAACUGGAACUGAUGUUGUAUGAGGGUUAGGGCAAAUCUCUGCACAUACCAUAUGAAAAUGAGCUUCUAAAGAUACUUUCACUGUUGGUAAAAAGGAGAUAAAAAUGUUAUUUAUAACAAGGCCUUAUGUUGUGUACAUAUAUUGUCCUUGAAAUAUUUUUGAUUUUACUUUAUUUCUUGUAAAAGAGAAAUUCUAUAAUUUAUUUAGAAAAUACUACUGUAAACUAUAGUUUUAUUGAUGAAUAAAAGAUUUUAUUCUGAAGACUA